CAGGGAGCGCGCCCGGCGGCAGGGCUGAACCGCCCCCCCCAUCCCAGGAUGUUUACUUGGGAGUAGAAUUACAAGGCCGUAGGCCUGUGUGCUCCUUCACCUCCUGUCCUUUUGAAGCCACGUGUGCUCCCCGAAGCCCUGGACCAGAGCAUUGGUUGCUUGGUGUCUUCACCAAUCCUUGGUAUCAUCCACUUUCUUCGUUUUCGUCGAUCUGAUGUGACUCCCUGCCCUGCCCUGGACACUCCGAGCCAUGGCCGACACCAUCUUCGGCAGUGGGAAUGACCAGUGGGUUUGCCCCAAUGAUCGGCAGCUCGCCCUGCGAGCCAAGCUGCAGACGGGCUGGUCUGUGCACACCUACCAGACAGAGAAGCAGAGGAAGAGCCAGUGCCUCAGCCCUGCUGAGGUGGAGGCCAUCUUGCAGGUCAUCCAGAGGGCAGAGCGGCUGGAUGUCAUGGAGCAGCAGAGAAUCGGACGGCUGGUGGAGCGGUUGGAGACCAUGAGGCGGAACGUGAUGGGGAAUGGCCUUUCCCAGUGUCUGCUCUGUGGGGAGGUGCUAGGCUUCUUGGGCAGCUCAUCAGUGUUCUGCAAAGACUGCAGGAAGAAAGUCUGCACCAAAUGUGGGAUCGAGGCCUCCCCUGGCCAGAAGCGGCCUCUUUGGCUGUGUAAGAUCUGCAGCGAGCAGAGAGAGGUCUGGAAGAGGUCGGGGGCCUGGUUCUACAAAGGGCUCCCCAAGUACAUCCUGCCGCUGAAGACCCCUGGCCGGGCCGAUGACCCCCACUUCCGACCUCUGCCCAUGGAGCCCACCGAGCAAAAGCCCAGAAGCACUGAGACUAGUCGUGUCUACACGUGGGCCCGAGGGAGAGGGCCCUCCCAUGUCCUGCCCUCUGGCAGCCCCGUGAGCAGAGCAAGGGCUUCGUGGAAGGAUUUGAACAGAUUUACACACUGGGUGAUUCAAGUGGUUUCCAGUGACAGUGACAGUGACUCAGAUCUCAGUGCCUCUAGCCUGGAGGACAGACUUCUUCUGACAGGGGUCAGGGAGCCCACAGGUGCCAAGCCCUUCGGGGAAGCAGGUGGCAGCAUGGAGUCCCCCAAGAUGGGGCCCCCCCACCGGCCCAGCCCCCUCUCCGGGAGCCAGAGCAGCCUGGCCAGUGAGACUGGGACCAGCUCUGCAGACCCGCAGGGCACCUCACCCUGGCCAGACCCGAAGAGCCCCGGCAAAAGGCCUGCCUGGGCAAUUCCCCGUUGCUGACACGACCUCCGAAGGGCCCGCCUGCCUGCCCCAGCAGAGACAUGUUUGGUGCACGGAGCAGAUUUUGCAGUGGAGGAGUUCGAGAGAGAAAGCGAGCUGGGAGGGUCUGGUGAGCAGUCUGGAGCCCUCAGCUGGCCAGUCCUGUCGGACGUGACCUCCGACUCAACCAACCAGUGUUUGGGGGGCUGAGUCUCCUUCCCCCCACUCAGUGCCUUUCUGCCCCCUUCUUCCCUGGGAGCCCUCCUCCCUCCCCCCACCACAGCCAUCCCACUCAGCCCUGACCUUUAUUUAUUGCCCUUCCCUUGCACCCUCCCCCAGUCUACCUCCAUAUUCAUUUUAAGUUUGGUCUUGUCUUGGGGUGGGCCGGAAGGGCCUGCAGACCGGCCUUAUGGGGCCCUCCCAUAUGCACUGCAGCAGGCACUGGGCUGGGCUUUCUCCUAUUAAUGGAAGAAGAACCCAGCCCUGAACAUUGCCCUUCAAAGCUGAGCUUGGGCCCUAGAGAUGAGCAGUGGGUCCUAGAGGGUGCAGGGUGAGAGGCUUGCCCACCCUUCCGCCUCCCGAGGGCUCUGGAAGCAGGAGCAGCACCCUCCCUUGGCUCAAGAUUGGCUCAGGUGCUGCUGUCGAAUGCUGGCCCUUGCUUGGGUUUCUGGGGAGCCCUCUGAUGGCCUCCCCAGGUUCUGCUCAGUCUCUCUCCAGCUCGUGGAGCCUGGAAGGGCUCUGGGGGAUAUGGUGAAUUGCCUCAUUGAAGAGCAGUCUUCAGCUGCAUCCCCAGCUGGGGGACAAGUCUCCCCUAAGCCUUUAAAAUUCACUCCUCUUCAGUGGCUUCGGUUGGGCAUGAAAAAUAAUUUAGACGGUGAACAAAUGCUUCUGGAAAACCCUUCCCUGAAGACAGAGCUUGAGAGAGAGAAUGUGUGUGUGUGUGUGUGUCUGUGUGUGUGUGUGUGUGUGUGUGUGUGGUGGUGGUGGUGGUAUCCUCAUCUCUCCAUCCGGCCACUCUCCCACUGCCCUGUACUUCUGUUCCUUGAAGGGCCUUCUCUCCGGGCUCUCAAGCACCCACCAUUAGCUUUUUUGCCCUUGCCGCUGGCAGAUAGUAAAAAGACAUACUGUUUCUCUGUGACAAGUUAUGCUUCAAAAUUUGUAACAAUAAAGAUUAGAAUUUGCAUUGA